AGGAAUUUGCCCUUUGAGAUCCUGAAAUAUGACCCUUUGACAUACGAACCGAUCCGAACGGACGUGGGGCGCUGCGUGAGAGCUAAUAAAGGAGAGACCGGCAUUUUGGUCGCCCCCUUGUCGGCCACCAACCCCUUCCUGGGCUACGCGGGGAACCAGACGCAGUCAGAGAAGAAGCAACUCCGGCAUGUCUUCCAGGAGGGCGACCUCUACUUCAACACUGGGGAUCUCAUGGUCCAGGACCAUUGGGAUUUUGUGUAUUUCCAGGAUCGGAUAGGAGACACCUUCAGGUGGAAGGGAGAGAACGUGGCUACGACAGAGGUGUCGGAGGUCCUGGGUGAUGUGGAUUUCUUGCAGGAAGCAAACGUGUACGGCGUGACUAUUCCAGGGUACGAAGGCAGAGCCGGAAUGGUGGCGGUCGUCUUAAAAUCCGACCAAUCGCUGGAUGGGAAGAAGCUAUAUAGUCACUUGUCGGAAAGGCUGCCUGCAUACGCCUGGCCGCGGUUUCUGCGGGUUCAGGUAUCCCUGGAUGUGACGGAAACAUUUAAACAACAGAAAGCAAAACUGGUCCAAGAGGGGUUUUCUCCAUCCAUUGUUCAGACGCCCCUGUAUUUCCUGGACACGUCCAAAAAAGAUUACAUUCCUCUCACCGAGACUGUGUAUGACAGCAUCAUAAGUGGAGAAAUAAGACUGUAAAACAAGCUGUAAAAGAAUAUAGCUAAAAAAACAGGGAUCCAUUCAUAAAUGAGUAAUUGUCUCAACUUAGAAAUGAUUUUGAUAAUAAUUAUAUAAGACAUUGUCUUAUAUAAAUUCAAAAAUAUAAUGAUGGGAACAGGUUUUAAACUUAGCAACUGAAUGAAUAAAAUUAAAUUAGCUCAUAGGGAUUGUUUUUCUUUUUUAAUGGAUUUAUCCCAGCAUGCAUUUGAGUUGCUCUAGCACUUUUUAGGUGUUUUUUUUUCACUUUUUUAUGGUUUAUAGUUAUAUUGUUGCUGACAGCCUCAACUUGUGCUGCAGAUGAACGGAACGGUGUUUGUCCAUCUCAUUUUGGCAAAAGACGACAGAUCACAUGUAAUUCGGGGACCUUUGAUGUCUCUUCCAGCAGAUUUUUAAGGGUUUUUGUUGAGACGUGUUCACAUAUAGAUAAGAUGUAUACUAUACACACACAUGUGAAAUGCGUCAACUGGAGAAGCAUUUCACUACAUUCCAUCAAAUCUUCCGCGUGAAGUGUAGCUUAGCAGCGUAGCUUAGCAGCGAACGCCGAGCUGGAAUUCGUUUGCUGGAUGAUUUGUCUGAGUUUUUUUUUUUUCCUGGGGCUGCAUGUGCAUCUGCUUUAGGCUCAAGUAAAAAUCUUAUAUUUUAACUCUUUAGUAUGUUACCAUUCACACUACUUGCAAGUAUUUAAAUGACUGUUGAAAUAGUUGUAAUUCAUCUAAAUUUUGUAAACUUGGUUACGCAUUUUCCAUCUGUAUUUUGCUAAAUAAAGGAUAGUACAAGUUGUGCGA